UCCGGGCGCGGUGCCCGCCCGGCGGAGCGGCCCGCGGAGCGCAUGGAGCGGCGGUGGCUGCCGCUGGCCCUGCUGGGGCUGGGGCUGUGCUGGGCGGCGGCGGCCGAGCGGCACACGGUGUUCUGGAACAGCUCCAACCCCCGGUUCCUGUGGAGCGAUUACACGGUGGAGGUGCGGCUCAACGACUACUUGGACAUCAUCUGCCCGCACUACGAGGAGGGGAGCGUGGACCCCCGCGCCAUGGAGCGCUACACCCUGUACCUGGUGGAGCCCGAGGAGUACGAGGCCUGCAAGCCCCGCUCCAAGGAGCAGAUCCGUUGGGAAUGCGACAAACCCAGCGCCCUGCACGGCCCCGAGAAGUUCUCCGAGAAGUUCCAGCGCUUCACCCCCUUCACGCUGGGCAAGGAGUUCAAGGAGGGGCACAGCUACUACUACAUCUCCAAGCCCAUUCACCACCACGGUGAAGCGUGCCUGAAGCUGAAGGUGAUGGUGGCUGGCAAAGGCACUCAGGCACCACCGGCCCCUGCCUCUACCCAGAAGGGGAGGAUCCAGGCAGAUGAUGCGGCUGCGCACGUGCUGAGGAGCGUGGGGCAGAACUCGGCCAUGAGGAGCAGCAGCCCCUUCACCUUCAUCAGCCUCCUCCUGCCCCUCCUGGUGCCGCAGGGGCUGUGACUGCUCCGCCGGGCCCGGAUGGACCAAGGCUGCGGCUGCUGGGGAUGGAGCUGGGAUGCAGCGGAGAGGGGGGGACCCCCGUGGUCCUCGUGUGUGCCCCGGGGCCGCCCGCCCUGUGCCCGUCUGGGCGAGGGGAGGAAGGGUUUGUCAGUAUUAGAGGGCUGGAGGGCCCGAAGCCAAAGCUGAGCAGCCAAAGCCCUCGGACCCCCCCCGGCUCCCCCGGCCCUCGCAGGACGUCGAGGCUGAGCCGGAGCCCGGGGCUGGAGCUGCCCCGGGAUGGAGGGGAGCCGCGGGGCUGGUUCCCCUGGGCCGGGACCGGCGCUCACCAUGGGGGGGCUCCACCGUGUCCUGCCGGCGGGGCCGCGGUCCCUCGGUGUCCCCGGCGCUGGGAGCCUGGAUGUGAGAGCAGCAGAGCGGGGCUGUGCGAGCAUCCCCCUUCCCCAUCCUUCAUGCCCCCCCUUUACCUUCCCCGGUGCUGGAGGGGUCCCCCCCCAGCGCCACCCAGGGUGGGUGCUUUGUGCACCCCCGUUUGUACAGCUUUCUAACGGGAGUUUUUAUACUAUUGUCUUGAAUAAAUAACCAAGACC